AUGGCAGACAUGCGAGUAGAGGCUUCGCCACAAGCGUUUUCAGAAGUUACCUGUUUCGGUCCUUGCGAGAUUGCAAGAUGGGCAUCACUGCAUUCAGAGGCAAGGCUUUCACAGUCAGCACGCUCCGCUGAUCACCAGCGCUUUGUUGAGAUGAACGAAUUUUUGGCUGUGGCAACUAGAGUUUACGCAGCACUGGCAGCCAAUUCGUACAUCCUGGCAAGCAUUGCGAAGAUUGCGGAGAUGGAUGUCUUUGAGCACCGACUCCCCGUCAACGAAUUCAAUGACCAGGCCGUCAAUAGGCUGGUGGAUGCCUUGAUUGAGGAGCCAGAGGCAAUGCUGGUAACCGAUUUCGUAGAAGCAGAGGUGUAUCGCUACGCGCUGCACGACAUCCUGAGCAUUGCUCCGUCUAUGCUGUCGCAUAUGCAGAAGAGUCUCUUCGGGGCGCAGGUUCAGAAAGAUAUGUUCCCAGACCAUUCUCAGGCAUCAGGGCUAUUGGAGAAGAUGGCAGAGGAUGUGCCCAAGGUUGCUACCCAGGAGAGGGAUGUACAGGGCGAGCUUGGUAUCCGUGAGGACAUGCAGAGCUCGCGAGCUGCUACUUCUGUUAUGCCGCAUGCGGGUGUGGAUGACAAAGAGGAUGCGCAUGAAUUUACAGCAAUGGCUGCAAAGGACCGACUGUCCCGCAGCCUGGCCAUCCAGCGAGAUGUCUCCGUGCCCAUUGAAAUUGCUUUCCAGAUGGUCUCGGAUGUCAGCGCCUAUCCCCAGUGGAUGCCAUUCUGCACCUCUGCCUGUGCGGCCUCCAAAGAAGAGGCAGAUGGUGGACCCAGCACAAAGCGCAAGUAUGAUGUGGGAUUUGGCCUUGAGACCUUUGCCUUAGGUGCUGUGGGUGACACGGUCAAAUACCAGGUCAGUCUGCUUCCGCCAACCAGCGACCCCGCAGCAAUCUCACAGGUCUAUCAGCGAAGGCCUGGGAGUGUGCGCAAGGUCGCCCGCGUAGUGGCUGAUACCGUGGACGGAUUUCGCUAUGGGAAACGGCUGGUCUAUGAUUGGAGGUUCAUAGAGUUUGCGUCAGGGCACACCGAUGUCCGAUUGGUCAUGUACUUCCAA